GCGUGACGUUCCCGGUAGUGCUGUCAGAGUUCACAGCGGUUUUCAUUGAGCGUUUUCAUCCUUUGUUUUUUAUCUGUAAACACUUUCUUUCGUGAAUCGGGCCAUGCGCACGUGGAGCCUCGUGGCAGGGGGUGUUCUCGUGGGGCUCGUGGUCAGGUGGGCCGUGUCUUUGAAUCCUUAUUCGGGGGCUGCAAAACCUCCCAUGUUUGGGGAUUAUGAAGCUCAAAGACACUGGCAAGAAGUGACUUACAGCCUCCCCCUGCAGCAGUGGUACUUCAACACAUCUGACAAUGACUUGAACUACUGGGGUCUGGACUACCCCCCCCUGACGGCGUACCACAGCCUCCUCUGUGCUUACGUAGCCAAGGCCAUAAAUCCAGAGUGGGUGGAGCUUCACAAAUCCAGAGGUUAUGAGAGUUAUGCUCACAAGCUGUUUAUGAGAGCAACAGUGCUGGUAGCUGACCUGUUGAUUUACCUUCCUGCUGUGGUUUUAUACUGUUUAUACCUCAGUGAUGGAUCCCCAAGGAAAAAGGUGUCUGUUCUGCUGUGCACGCUGCUGUACCCAGGCCUGAUUCUCAUAGACUAUGGGCAUUUCCAGUACAAUGGGGUCAGCCUGGGUCUGGCCUUGUGGGCGAUCCUGGCUCUGGGUCUGGGCUGGGACGCCCUGGGCUCCAUAUUCUUUUGCCUGGCUCUGAGCUACAAACAGAUGGAGCUGUACCAUGCUCUGCCGUUCUUCUGCUACCUGCUGGGAAAGUGUUUCAAACAGGGAUCAGUGGGGAAAGGGCUGUUCCUGCUGGUGAGAAUCGGCUUGGCUGUGUUGUUGACCCUUGCUCUGUGUUGGCUCCCCUUCCUCACUGACCCCAGCCUGGCCGUACAGGUGCUGAGGAGAAUCUUUCCCGUGGCUCGUGGUCUGUUUGAGGAUAAAGUGGCCAACGCAUGGUGCAGCUUAAACGUGUUUAUAAAGAUCCGGAGCAUCAUGUCCAGCGACUCCCAGGUCUACCUCAGCUUGGCGUGCACGCUCUUCGCCGUUCUGCCGUCUUCAUUGCGACUUCUGACCAAACCCACAUUUUGGCAGUUCAAACUGGCUCUGGUCAAUUCCUCACUGGCAUUUUUCCUGUUUUCUUACCAAGUCCAUGAAAAGUCCAUCCUCCUGGCCUCACUGCCGGCCUGCCUUCUCCUGAACGACCUUCCCCUCAUCGCCAUCUGGUUACUGCAGACGUCAACGUUCAGCAUGCUGCCGCUGUUUUUGAAAGAUGACCUCUGGGCGCCCUACUGCGUGACCUCUGUGGCCUUCCUGUACUUCAGUGUGUACCUGCUCUCUCCAUUGAAACGCUGUACGGAAGAGGAGCUGAGGAUGGGAGCCUACCGCAAGAUACUGUUCUGUCUGCCGAAGCUGGACCUGGGCUGUGUGGUGAAGUGGAAGUUCUACAUCAGUGUCUUGGCCAUGGCUGCUCUGAGCGUCGCCAGUGUAACGAUGUCUCCUCCUCCACAUCUCCCAGACCUGUUCCCGGUGCUGAUCUCUACUUUUGCCUUUCUACAUUUUCUGGGAACGUUUUUGUAUUUCAAUAUCGUCCAAUUUAGCGAGCCCCAAAGGAACAAGGCCCAAAAGAAGAUCAACUGAACAGAUCUGAGCACUUUUUAUAUGGGAAAACCAAUAAGGUGAACUGGUGUACACUGUGAGGGGACACAAGGGGACUGCAAGAGCACUAUAGAGCCAAACAGAAGAACAUUUUACAUUCAUUUUUCCCAUAGACUUUUCAAAGAUUUCAGAUAUUAAAGGGCCCAUAUGGCGCUAUGUUCCAAUGUUGUUUCCUCAUCACAAACAGACCUGGAGUUGUGUUUUGUUUCAUUCCCACAUGUUUAACAGACAAACCCUGCAUAUUUAGGCUGAGUUCUUCUCUCAAACUGAAAACACUCUGCUGAACCUUGUGAUGUCAUAAAGUGGCAAUACAGGAAGUGUUCCAUUGUGUUUUUAAACUCCAUACACCUUCACCAAUCUCUACUGAACUAAAGGUAAAAGGAGCUGUUCACUUGAAAACUACCACUUCAUGACAUCACAAGGUGGAACAGAGCAUUUUGAGCUUUGGAGAUGUAACAGUCUAAUAAUAAAAAGUAAAAAAAAGUGUUACUCAAACAUGUGUGAAUGAAACAAAACACAACUCCAGGUCUGUUUUUAGGAGAGAACAGCAUUGUAGCAUGGGUUAAAGUUCACAAGAGUCAACUUUGCAUAAUAUAGCACCUUUAAGAAUUAAGACAUCCCAGAGGCUAACCAGCUACGUGCUAACUGAUAUUCAUAAGGGUUUUGUUUUGAGCCCAAAAAGCACAUUUAAAACAUAAGAUUCUGCAAAAUACUUUAAUAACUUUACUAUUUAUAAAUAACAAUAUGUGUAAUUUUAUCAUUAGUUGCCACGUAGCAGAGUAGCCCUGAGUUUACAAAUUUAUUUAUUUUUUUUUGGAAAGUCUAUGGGGAAAAAUUUAUGAGAAAUGAACUUCCGGAACCAGGAGGUGAGCGUCACUGCUGGGCUAAUCUGGACCCAAAAUAAUGAAUUUCUGGAAUAAUUUUCGUUUACAUUUUUGAUGGUGUUAAUACAGAACCAUCAUGUUUAGGUUACAGACUGAGUGAGGGGAACAUUACCUGAAAACAUGGACCAAAUAAUGUGUUAAAUGUUGUUAAUCAGGUUUAAAAGUACUUGACGUAGUUUGGCAGAUUGAAUACGGUUGAGAAUUUUAAAUGUGCAUCUGGUUUGAUGGAUUAAUUUAUAAUAGGCCGUCCACAGCAGCACGCUAGAUAGCUACAAAAUUGAUUUAAACAAGAUUUUCAGGAGCCUGUGGUCAGUCUGAGCAUUCAUGGUCCUGUUUAGGAGUUUGAGUUUACACUAAAAGGUGAGAGUGACUCGGUGAAAAGCUGUUGGCUAUUGCUAAUGCUAGCUAGCUUGUGACUGUAAUGUUAUUUGAGGGGGACUUGUUUAAUAGCAGAAAGUAGUUCAGCUAAAUCGGUUCUUUGUCAGAUUGUGUUAAAACAAACCUCAGUUUAAGUCUAAUUUGAGUUACAGAGCUUCAGACAGAGCAGUGCCUACAGUUAGCGUCACACCCCCAGAUAAUGUUGGUGACGUCAGCUCCAAAGUAUCACUUGAAGCUAAUGGAGAAGCUUGUACUCUGGUUUAAACAGUGAGGGUGAUUAUGACCAACUUUUUUCUACCGUCAUUUUUGUACAAAGUUUUUUCUAAAAUAAAAUGAAUGACAUUAACUG